GUGCGUGCGUGUGUUUCAGGGAGGAAACAGGACAUCAUUAAAGUCACUGAGCAGCUCAUCGAGGCCAUCAGCAACGGAGACUUUGAGAGCUACACUAAAAUGUGCGACCCGGCUGUGACGGCGUUCGAGCCCGAGGCGUUGGGGAAUCUGGUCGAAGGCCUGGACUUCCACCGCUUUUACUUUGAAAACUUGUGGUCCAAGAACAGCAAACCGGUGCACACCACCAUCCUGAACCCUCACAUCCACCUGGUGGGCGACGAGGCCGCCUGCAUCGCAUACGUCAGGGUGACGCAGUACAUCGACUCCAACGGGACGCCUCGCACCGCCCAAUCAGAGGAGACCAGGGUGUGGCACCGCCGCGACGGGAAGUGGCAGAUCGUGCACUUCCACCGCUCAGGCUCCCCCUCCACGCUGAGCAACUAACUUCCAGAGUGAGUGGAUCUUUGAUGGGGCCACCGUCGCCAUGACAGCAGUUUGAUUGACAGCAGGCCGGGCCUCUGACACCAACCAUUCAGGAUUUUGUUUGAGGAGUUUGGAGAGGAGACGACGGGGCCAGAAAGCUUCACUCCAACAAGUGAACUGCAUUACCAACCAACCAAUCAGCUUCCUCUUCUCAGCUUGUUUGGACUUUGCUUCCGCCACGCCCCCUUGUGAUCAGCCAAUCAGAUUGUAAUAAUGUUUGGAAACCUUGUAUCUCCAGUUUGUUCGAGUUCAGGAGGUUCAAACCUUCAGAUGUUUAACAGGACCAACACCUGCACACCACAGCUCCCCCUGUGGACAGAACACGUCACUACUGUGUGUUAGCUUCACCCAGCAUGUGGUUACCCUAGUUUAGCACAAACACUGGAAGCAGGGGGAAACUGUUUGCAUGGCUCCACCCAAACAGCCCAGUGUCGCCUCCAUCUACAUGACGUGUUGUAGCUGAUCGAGUGUAGAUGUAGAAAAAGUUUCCAGCUUUCAUUUUUGCUCCUUGUUACGUUUCUCACGGAUCUACUGACCCGUUGGCUGCACAGACUUAGCUUUUAUAGUGUUCGCGUUCACGCGUUGGUUACCUUUAGAUAUUAAACAGGAAGUACGAGCCUCGCCUUUAGACGUGUGGGAGAUACAAGCUUUCCUGAAACUACAGAUAUUUACAUAAAGGAACAAAAACAUAUAUUAUAUAGAUGUAAUGUGAUAUAAUACUAUGAUCAAGAGCUGCUUUGGUCGCUACAGAUUAUUUAGAUAAAUGAACUCGUGACUGAGACUCGAGCUGAGCCACACUGACAACAGCAAACAGACCAAUUAUAUAAUAUAAACCUGGAAAAUCAGGAUUCUCUGAUUACAGUAAAAAAUAUAUUAAUAAAAACACUUUUUUCUUCCCGUACAUCAGAAAUAAAACUCUUCUUCAUAGUUAUUAUUUUAAAAAGCAUCUCAUUCCCCCUUUUUUGUUUUAUGUUUUUACAACUUUAAGCCUUUGUUUACCGUAUUUGCCUCGUACGCUUCCAGAGUUUAUACAUAUAUACUAAUAGCACAGCUCUUAAACUAGCAUGUUAGAAACAUGGUGAAGCCCAGUUAUUCAGCUAAACCCUCGGGUGACCCAGAGCUCACACAUGGAUCAUUUUAAACUGGUUAGCGGCUAAAGCAGCUCGUGGCCUUCACGAUGACGUCGUCUAAUGGAGAAACUUUAUUUAAACUGUGCGCGCUGCACAGGAACACUCAUCUGCUUCCAUCGGGCUUGGAGAGCUCUAGAAGCUUCCACCACCCUCUGACCUGUGAUCUUCCAUGAACAGCCACACCUCUGCUCAGAUCAGCCCCACCCCUCCCCCACAGCCACCGCCA